AUGAUGAUUAAUAAUAACAUAGAUCAUACCAUAUCUUCUACCUCUUCCUUAAACAACUGUAGGCAAAUUGCCGGUUUUUCGGGCAAGAAUGACGACGUUAAUGUACUUGCUCGUCGAAAGAGAAACGAGCUAAGGCGGUUGAAGGUUUUAGCAUUAAACAAUAGUAAUGGAUCUGAUGGUAAUUGUGUGGUAUCAAAAAGAGGGAGGAUUAUGGAGAACUUAAUUAAUAAUAGUGACAAUAAUCAAAAGGGUGAUGAUAUUAAUGAUCAUAGUAUUAUUCCGUAUCGAUCGUCGGUAAUUGGAAGGAGAAGGGAGAUGGAGGAUGCAGUGAGUGUAGAACUAGGUUUUGUAGUGACGACGGACAACGAAGAAAACUCGAAUAAGAAGAAAUUCGACUUUUAUGGUGUGUAUGAUGGGCAUGGGGGGUCACGCGUUGCAAAUGCUUGUCGUGAAAGGUUACACAAGUUGUUGGCACAAGAAAUGAUCAUGAUGGAUAUUGGGGAAAUGAAUAAGGAUUGGGAGGGAUUGAUGGUGGAAAGUUUUGCGAAAAUGGACGAGGAAGUCAAUGAGAGUGAUCCGCUUGGAUCAACGGGUUCAACGGCUGUUGUGGCCGUUGUUGGUGAUGAAGAGAUUGUUGUCGCCAAUUGUGGUGAUUCGAGAGCUGUUCUUUCGCGUGGUGGUGCUACCUUGCCUUUGUCUAAUGAUCAUAAGCCGGAUAGACCCGAUGAGCUAGAACGGAUCGAACACUCGGGUGGAAAGGUGAUUGAAUGGAAUGGGAUUCGUGUUUUGGGGGUUCUUGCUACUUCAAGAUCAAUAGGUGAUCGACAACUAAAACCAUAUGUGAUUGCAAAACCAGAGGUUACAGUGACCAAACGACACGAAAAUGAUGAAUUUAUGAUAUUAGCGAGCGAUGGCUUGUGGGAUGUCAUGUCAAACGAAUUGGCAUGUCAUAUUGUGAGCAAAUGUAUAGAAGGACGGGUUUUUCGUAAGAAAUUUCAGCAUACAACAAAAGAUAAUUACAAAUAUAAAAUGACGAACGCAGCCACGGUUUUGACAGAAUUGGCUAUGGCUCGUGGCAGCAAAGAUAAUAUAAGUGUUAUUGUCGUGAAUCUUAAAGAACGACAGAUCUCCUCCGGCUGAUGAUACAAAUACGAGUCGAGGGUAGCGUUUAUACCUUCUUUCCCCGUCUUCGAUCAUUU